AGCAACCACUGCAGAAAAACUCCAAAAAUACCGCGUGUUUCAUGAUGGCGACUUCGAUGUAAGCCGUGCCUCCGGGAGCAUGGAAGACGGCAUUGGAGAUUAACAUGCACUCCACCCUUCUCCUAAAUGAGGAAGACCGGGUUUGGCCGCUGAGGCUCACCCACCAGUGGUGGUGAAAGUCGUGGGCUUCCCCAGAGCUUGUGGUUUUUCUUUGACAGCUUCUCGCCAGCCCGUCAGCCUGUCACUGCUGUCUAUUCACUCUUUUAGCCCACUCAUUACAUACAAUUGUUGCAUUCGGAGACAAUUCGGGAUGGCUAUUUUUUUGGAUGAUGCCCCUCAUGUGGCCGGCACGGUUAUUACGCUGACGACAUUGGCCUACCUGACUUUCGGACUGCGGGUGUAUUGUCGAGUUACUAGACAAAGUUGGGGCAUUGAAGACUGGCUCAUGACCGCCGCAGCUUUCCCAUUUGCUAUGCUGUCUAUUGCCUGUCUCGUUUCGUCAUUCAAUGGCAUCGGCAUUCAUGCUUGGAGACUCGAUCAGGACGAAAACCAAAAAUACAAGAAACAGGGUCUUUUCUGGUUCUUUUUAUUCGAGGUGUUCUACUGCGUUAGCAUCAUCCCAAUCAAACUCAGCAUCUCCUUCAUGCUGGUCCGUAUCGCCCAAAACCGAAAAAUAUAUGUAUACAGUCAAUAUGGCAUGAUGGGCAUUUUCACCACGAUGAACUUAAUCGCAGCACUCUACAUUAUCUUCCAAUGCAACCCUGUGGCUGCCGCAUGGGAUACGGAUUUGUUGAUAAAGGGCGGGAAAUGCAACGAUCCAGUCAUUCUGGCUGAUAUUUACUAUGCCACGACAGCCGUAAACAUCGUUACAGACUGGUUUACUGCGCUUUUGCCGAUACCAUUGUUGUGGAAUGUCAAGCUUAACCUCAACGCAAAGCUAUCGGUUGCUGCGAUUCUCGGUCUAGGCGUCUUUGCUUCCCUCUCGGCAUGCAUUCGACUCAAGUAUACCGUCAACCUAACCAACUCAAAUGAUUACCUCUUCGGUUUGUCCAACAUCGUUAUUUGGGGCUACGCCGAAAACGGCACGGGCAUGUUCGUAGGGUGCGUAGCCACCCUCCGACCCCUAUUCCGACGCGCCCUUAAUCUCGGCGGUUCCGACACUAAGUCCUUCGGCGGACCCUCCGCGCAGAAAACCCCAAACGGCUUCCCUAGCCAAUCCCGACGAACCUACUUCAAGUCCGGCGACACCAGCUACGAGAUGAGCACGGUCAAUUCAACCCGGGAGAAGAAGGGACCCUUGACUUCCAUCACCACUGGAGGGCAGGACGAGAUGACUAGCAUAUCGAGCGAAGAAGAGAACAAGGUGGACUUUCAGAAAGAUGGUGUAUUAUGUUCGCUGAGUGGUAUUUUAGUCAGUCGACAGGUCAACAUUACUCACACCUAGUCAAGCCUGUCGAGGAAGAUAUCACCGAAGAGACUUGUGCGACGAGGAUGAGGUUUUUGCAUUUGUCGCGGAUUGUGCCGAUGGGAAUACCACGCGUGCACUUUGGAAAGGAUGGGAGAGCCCAGCAUCAUUCGCUAUACUCUCACAAUGUGAUGCAAGACGCAGUGUCAGGAAACACGCGCUUGAUCGCCAACACUCAAUUUACAAAAUUACACAUGGAUAUAGAAAAGUUUUAGUUGAGAUCGUCGGGAAGGACAACAUAAUAUUUAUAUACCCCACUG